GAGGACGAGGAUGUGAAGCACGAGCGAUCGUCGCAUGAAGCGACCGGAAUGACGAUCGCUGGCGAUGCCGGAUCAGCUGUUGAGGAUGAUUCUGUCCAGAACCAUUCUCUGCCUUUGAGUUUCGACGCUUCCCGUGAUAAGCAUGCCGCUGUUUCUAAUUUGGAUUUUGUUCGUUCGGAAUUUUCCUGUUCUCCAUCUGCGAAUGGAGUUUUUACUUCUGCUGCGGGUGAUGAAUCUUCAUUUGUGCUUUCCUCUGCUGCUGAACGUGCAUUUAAAUUGAGAACGGAUAGCCAUGUGUCUGGUGAUUCAACUGAUGUUUAUAGCGAUUCUGUGAAUGAUGCUUUCAGCUUGCGCACUUCGUUCGUAGGUUCUCCUGGUCCUCUUGUCCUGCAAGUGAAAGGUAAGGAGCCUGGUGACUCGCUUUCCGGUGAAUUCUCAGCUGCGCAUAUACCGGGCCAUAGCGAUUUAACCUGUGUCCUGAAAACUGCACCGACAGCCGAUUCGAAUGGUAUCACCGAUUGCAUUCCGCAUUCGGUCUCUGAGGAGCAGUUUGAGACAUUUGUUCAUUCACGAUUUUCUGAAUCUGAUGGCAACGGUGUGAUAACUACAACGAAAGUCCUCAACUUCGGACCUGAAUCAAGCACGGUUGAAAAAGACCACGAUGUCCAUGUCAGCCCAUCCUCGGUCGAUCCAGUUUCCACAACCACUGUACUAUUACCGGGCGCCGAAACUUCGCCCCGUUCAGAACCUACUUUGGAGGACAAUUGGUCUUUCCUAAAAAGCGAACUGAUUGAUUCCAGUUAUCAACCACAAGAUCGAAAUUCAAAUGAUGUGGAAUCUGGAAAUACUGCUUUGUAA